CUACUAGCUGUCUGUCCCGCGGUUUUUCCGUUUAGCCAUUUUGGCGUGAUUGUUAACAAACAUCCACACUUUUUCAUUUAUAAUCUUGAGAGAGAUUGUGCGUUAAAAUUUAUUAGAAUACAGGAUGCUUAUCAACAUUAGAUUUUUAUAUAUUUUAACAUUUACAAAUAAAUAAUUGUUUAGAUCUAGACAGACGCGGGCAGGCGACUACGUAGACGUAGAUAAUAAUAGUGUGCGCGCGAGGCAAAGGUGGAAUACCUAUUUUCUCAAGGGAUAUUAACUCAUCUGCUGGCAAUGAUGCUAGCCAUAGGAGUGGUUGGCGGACUAUAUUUCUAUUUGGAAGAUCCUGCCAAUUUAUUUCAACAUACCAAUGAAACACCUAGUCUAGACCCCGACAAACUUGAAUUACUCUUGGAAGAACUUCAGGCAAUAAAAGAUAGCUUGGCUAAGACCAAUAUGUUGAGGAUGCAUUUAGAUGAGCUGUUCACCAAAAUUUUUUUGCAACAGGAGUCCAUGAUUGAAGAAGUAGUGGCAAAAGCUAUAGACAACUAUGAUGCAGAUAAAAUUGGACUUUAUGAUUAUGCUGCCGCAUAUGCGGGUGGUUCCGUUAUCUCCACACCUGGCACCUAUCCUUACCCUGCCAAUAAAACGAUCAGUUUCUUCAGACUGGUGACAGUUAAUGUCAUGUCCAAUCCAGAAGCCUUAAUACAGACAGACAACGUACCAGGCAACUGCUUUGCAUUUCAUGGCAGUUUCGGCAGGAUCAGAAUCAAACUGGGGACGAUAAUACAGAUCGCUGCUGUCACACUCGAUCAUAAUAAGCUGGCACCAGAUAAGACAAGCGCUCCUGAAGUAUUUGCUGUUUAUGGCCUAAAAGAUCCUGAUGAAGAUCCUGGCACCCUCCUAGGGCAGUUCACGUUCAACAUUACUGGUAGAACAUCCCAAACUUUUCCUAUUCAGCCCUGUAAACCUGGCCCCUGUGCAAGACAAUUCGGCUAUGUUGAACUGAUUAUAAUGAGCAACUAUGGUAAACCGGAGUUCAGUUGUGUUUAUAGAUUCAGAGUUCACAAUACUAAUUUUAACCAAACUAAAACAGUUAUAUGAGUGUUUUAAAUAAACGGUGUAUUUAAGCCAACAAAUUGUAUAUAAUAUAAAAAUUGUUCAUUAUAGAAUAUAAGUAACAUUUGAAACUCAUCCUGUAGUUUACAUGUCGAUAAUCCCCCAUGCCUGUCUAACCAACAAAACCACAUGAAUCUUCUUUAAUGUAAACGUUUCAUUCACAAAGCUACAAUGACAGAUACAAAAUAUUGUCAUUGUACUGAAGAUUACCUUUGUGAUUGAAACAUUUACAGUAAAGAUCAUUCUGUCAAUACAUGUG